UUAGUUUUUGUGCUAUUAAAUAUGCGAUUUAUCGAAAUUUGAUUGGUGAAUCGACUUGUACUAUAGUAUAUAAGAGAUUAUAUACAUUUUUAUUAAUUAGUUAAAACUACAGGGACCAGAUGAUAAAUAAUAAACAAACAUAAUGAAGGAAAAUAGAAUCUGUGAGAUAAGAUUCCUUCCUUCUUCUUCGAUCGCAAUUCUUCCUUCUUCUUCGAUCACAAUCCUUUGUCGAUCGAAACCAAACCCUAAAUCCCCAAAUCCUCUCCUCAUUGAAUCUGAAGAAAAACCGAAGCUCUGUGUUGCUUAAAAAUUGAAGCUUUGAUAGGAAAAAAAUUCGCGAUGCAUCGCAGUUUUUCGCCAGCCGCGACGCCGCCGCCGCUCUCUUCCUCCUCCUCCUCCUCUCCUCCCCCAUCCUCCGGCGACUUACCCGAGAUCCCCGAUGCCUGGUACGGAAACAUCCAGUACCUCCUCAACAUCUCCAUGAUCGGCCUCCUAUGCUGCGUCUCCAUCUUCCUCUUCCUCAAGCUCCGCAGCGACCACCGCCGCAUGCCCGGUCCCUCCGCUCUCCUCUCCAAGCUCCUCGCCGUCUGGUCCGCCACGUGCCGCGAGAUCGCUCGCCACUGCGGCGCCGACGCCGCUCAGUUCCUCUUGAUCGAAGGCGGGAGCUUCGUGCUUCUCUUCUCCAUCGCCCUUUUGGCUCUCUCCGUUAUGUUGCCUUUGAAUCUCUACGCGGGGACUGCUGUGUUGAGCGACGAGCUUUCGAAGACCAUGAUCACGCAUAUCAAGAAAGGCUCGGCCUUGCUCUGGCUGCAUUUUGUUUUUGUGGUUGUUGUUGUGGUGAUCUCGCAUUUUGGAAUCUCGGCGAUUGAAGCUAGGUUGAAGUUUACUAGGUUUAGAGAUGGGAAUGGGAAUGUGAGUGACCCCAAUGCGGAUUCCACGGCUGUGUUUACUGUGAUGGUGCAGGGCUUGCCUAAGAAUCUAGGGUCUGAUAGAGUUGAGUUUGAGGAGUGUUUUCGGCAGAAGUAUCCUGGGAAGGUUUAUAAGAUUAUUGUUCCUAUGGAUCUGUGUGCGUUGGAUGAUCUGGCAACGGAGUUGGUUCGUGUUAGGGAUGAGAUCACUUGGUUGGUUGCGAAGAUGGACUCUAGGUUGUUGCCGGAUGAGUUUGAGAAUAGUGGAGAUGAAGGAGUAUUGUCUUAUGUGUUUGCUUUGUGGGCUAAGGUGAAGGUUUUGUGGUCUGGGGUUACAGAGAGGUUUGGUUUUACAGAUGAUGAGAAGCUGAGGAAGCUGCAAGAGCUGAGAGCUGAUUUGGAAUCUCAGUUAGCGUUUUAUAAAGAAGGGCGUGCACAAGGCGCUGGUGUUGCGUUUGUGGUGUUUAAAGAUGUUUACACAGCUAACAAGGCUGUUCAGGAUUUCAGAAACGAGAGGUCAAGGCGGACUGGGAAGUUCUUCUCUGUCACAGAGCUAAGACUACAGAGAAACCAGUGGAAAGUUGAGAGAGCUCCCUUGGCGACUGAUAUUUACUGGAAUCAUCUGGGGUUGACUAAGAUCGCUCUUAUCGUGAGAAGAGUGAUUGUUAACACUAUUCUUCUGUUGAUUCUUGUGUUUUUCAGCUCUCCAUUGGCGUUGAUUAGUGCAUUGGUGAGUGCCGGGAGAAUCUUUAAUGCUGAAGCGUUGGAUAGUGCUCAGUCUUGGCUCACUUGGGUGCAAACUUCUGGCUGGAUCGGUUCUCUGAUUUUUCAGUUCAUGCCCAACGUGUUCAUAUUCGUUAGCAUGUACAUUAUCAUCCCUUCUGCUCUCUCCUACCUUUCCAAGUUCGAGCGGCACCUAACUGUCUCAGGGGAACAAAGAGCAGCUCUCUUGAAGAUGGUUUGCUUCUUCCUCGUGAACCUCAUCGUGCUAAAGGCUCUCGUCGAGUCGUCGCUUGAAAGCGCGUUCUUGAAAAUGAGCCGCUGCUACUUAGACGGCGAGGAUUGCAAGAGGAUUGAAGAAUACGUGAGCCCUUCCUUCUUAUCAAGGUCAUGCGUUUCCGCUCUAGCGUUCCUCAUCACAAGCACGUUCUUGGGAAUCUCCUUUGAUCUACUCGCUCCAAUCCCUUGGAUCAAGAAAAAAAUCCAGAAGUUCAGGAAGAACGAUAUGCUUCAGCUAGUCCCCGAGCAAAACGAAGAGUACCCUUUGGAAAAUCAAAGCAACCUUGAGACGCCGCUUCUCCCUGAAAACAUGUUCGAGUCUCCAAGAUUCGGCGACGUUGAACCUAUGAGCCAAGACCUUGCUGAGUACCCAAUCAGCCGAACCUCACCAAUCCCAAAGCAAAAGUUCGACUUUGCACAAUACUAUGCCUUCAACCUCACCAUCUUUGCCUUGACAAUGAUAUACUCUUCGUUCGCUCCACUCGUGGUUCCCGUAGGAGCGGUUUACUUUGGUUACAGAUACAUUGUCGACAAAUACAACUUCCUAUACGUGUACAGAGUCCGCGGCUUCCCUGCAGGGAACGAAGGGAAGCUGAUGGACACGGUUUUGUGCAUCAUGCGGUUCUGCAUCGACCUGUACAUCGUCUCCAUGCUGUUUUUCUUCUCUGUCAAAGGAGAUUCCACGAAGCUUCAAGCGAUUUUCACGCUUGGGUUGCUUGUGAUGUACAAGCUUUUGCCUUCGGAUACAGAACGGUAUCAGCCGGCUCUUCUCAGGAGUAUUCAGACCGUUGAUAGCAUCGUCGACGGGCCAGUUGAUUACGAAGCUUAUUCUCAACCCAACUUUGACUGGGACACUUACAACAGAUGAUGUUUCUGUAACCUUAUGACUUAUUAGUUUUGGUCUUUGACCACCAUAUCGAGUUUUGGAAUCUGUUUCUCGAAGUUACGGAUUCUCUCUUUGUAAGUUUGUAUAGGGAUUUUUUCUGUUUAAAUGUGAUUAAGAGACUUAAGAGGUCAGAAGAAACAAAAAUUAGCAAUUGCCUCUACAUGGUGUCUUUCUUAUGGAGAUGUUAUGCACUUAACAACCGAAUAUAAGAAACCAGAGAGUGUUGAGGCAUGUGUCACAUUCGGUUUAGUAGCAGUUAGUAUCUCUUCACUUUACAUCUUGUGAGCUCAGUUUAUUUUCUUGACUGCUAUGAUAUGGAAGAGACAAAGACAACUCUUGCCGGAGCAAACAUAACAGAGGCCACGGUGCUCCGGGCUCAAUAAUAGUUCCUCGGAGCCACACAAAACAAACAAACAAGAUCAUCUCCAAAGAGUAGCUUAGCUCUUCCUCUAACUAAAGAUGUAAAACAGUAGAGCCACGGUCUUUUCAGAUAUGUUCUAAUACUACUACGACUGACUUAGCAAAAAAAAAACUACUACUACUACGGUAUCAUAACGAAACUAUAGAGAAUGGUUCUGUCUGUUCAGGAUAUGUAUGCUCUUCCACUCAUAUCACUAUCAAGUUAACUCUAGUUCUGGCAAA